CUUUCGCCGUCCGGAUUCUUCUGCCCAGCAGCCGCCCAUCGACUUCAGAGUGCGUGGCCCCCAAGACCCCGAGGCCUUCAGAGUCCCCCCCCCCCGACAUUUCGGCCAGGGGCAAGCAGGCCACACGCCCCGUAACCAAAGGAAGAACCCGAAGGCAGCCCUGCCACCGCCCCCCCCCCCCCGCUGCCUUCUCCUCGGCCUCUGGGCCCUGCGCAGCCGCUGCCCCUCGCCCGUGCCCGGCCUGGCCUUGCAGUGACGCCCGCCUACUAAGCGGGGUUCAGGCGGCGGCCACACCCGCCGUCAGGCCGGAAAGCGGAGGAGCAGCGCCGCGUGUGGGAGCACGGGCCGCACCUGCUGGAAAGCCUCCCGUAGCUGGGACCCUUCCUGGCCGCGGGGGCCUAGAGGGCGAACCAAGACCCGCUCGCCCCUUCGCUUUCGGCCGGGCAAGCGCUGCUGCUCCGGGGAGAAAAGCGGCGCUCACGGCCUGUCACGCAGGCACAGUCUCCGCCACUCCGCCCGGCAAACGCGGCGCUUCCGCGGGCCCUCGGGGAGGCGGCUUUGGCGGCGGCUCCGUGGAUGCUCGGCCGCGGAGAUCUCGCGGUGCUGGCGGCCGGCCCGGGCUGCCUCCAGACGCCGCCUCCUUUCUGUGUCGGGGUCGGGACUGUGCGCAGUGGAGCGGGCGGGGAGGCGCGCCGGCGGCAGCAGCAGCAGCAGCAGCAACAGCAGCGGAGGAGGAGGAGGAGGAGGAAGAGCCGGAGCCGCAGCGGCCGGAGGCGGGAAGGAGGAGCGCGCUGGUCUGCCUUCGCCAGCGCCGCCGGAGCCUCGCCCAGUCCGAUGUGUCUCCUGCGGCGGCGGCGCUGCUGCUGAGCCAGCCGACGUGCCGGCCGAGCUUUUCCGCCUCCCGCAGUCCCACCAUGGCCGCCCCGGCCACCUGCACGCGCUUCACCGACGAAUACCAGCUCUACGAGGAGCUCGGCAAGGGUGCUUUCUCAGUGGUGCGGAGAUGCGUGAAAAAAACCUCAUCUCAAGAAUUUGCUGCAAAGAUCAUCAAUACCAAGAAGCUGUCAGCAAGAGAUCAUCAGAAACUAGAGCGAGAAGCUCGAAUCUGCCGGUUAUUAAAACACCCGAAUAUUGUGCGGCUCCAUGAGAGCAUUUCAGAAGAAGGUUUCCAUUACCUUGUAUUUGAUCUGUAAGGUGACUGGGGGGAGCUAUUUGAAGAUAUUGUUGCCAGAUACUACAGUGAAGCCGAUGCUAGCCACUGCAUUCAUCAGAUUUUGGAGAGCGUCAAUCAUAUUCAUCAACAUGAUAUUGUACAUAGGGAUUUAAAGCCUGAGAACUUGCUCCUUGCCAGUAAGUGCAAGGGGGCUGCUGUCAAACUGGCCGACUUCGGACUUGCAAUUGAAGUACAAGGAGAACAGCAGGCGUGGUUUGGGUUUGCAGGUACUCCGGGCUACCUCUCUCCUGAGGUCUUAAGAAAAGAUCCUUAUGGAAAGCCAGUGGAUAUAUGGGCAUGUGGAGUUAUUCUGUAUAUAUUACUUGUUGGAUAUCCUCCAUUUUGGGAUGAAGAUCAACAUAAACUGUAUCAGCAGAUCAAGGCAGGGGCCUAUGAUUUUCCUUCUCCAGAGUGGGAUACUGUGACCCCAGAAGCAAAGAAUUUAAUCAACCAGAUGCUGACAAUAAACCCUGCAAAGCGCAUCACAGCAGAUCAGGCACUUAAGCACCCAUGGGUCUGUCAACGAUCAACAGUUGCUUCUAUGAUGCACAGACAGGAGACUGUGGAAUGCUUGAGAAAGUUCAAUGCCAGAAGAAAGCUGAAGGGUGCAAUCCUUACCACUAUGCUGGUGUCUCGGAAUUUUUCAGCUGCCAAGAGCUUACUGAACAAAAAGUCAGAUGGAGUAAAGCCACAGACCAACAACAAAGCCAGUGUAGUAAGCCCAGCAAAAGAAACGCCCCCAGUGCAGAUGUCCAUGGAACCACAAACUACGGUUGUCCACAAUGCUAAUGAUGGCAUAAAGGGUUCUACAGAGAGCUGCAAUACCACAACUGAAGAUGAAGAUUUGAAAGCUACUGCCACACUGUCUUAUGAAGAGAAGCUUCUUGCCUGGGAUAGCCCAGGGCAAACAGUGGAGUUGGAUCGUGCUCAGUCGGAGCCUGUCCUAACUCCAGUAGUCCCAUUUGCAUUUAACAGUCUAUCAUUGCGUAAGCAAGAAAUCAUCAAGAUAACAGAGCAGCUGAUCGAAGCAAUCAACAAUGGAGACUUUGAAGCGUACACGAAGAUCUGUGAUCCUGGGCUGACCUCAUUUGAACCUGAAGCACUGGGAAACCUCGUGGAGGGGAUGGACUUCCACAAGUUUUACUUUGAGAACUUACUGUCCAAGAACAACAAACCAAUCCACACUACCAUCCUGAAUCCCCAUGUUCAUGUUAUUGGUGAUGAUGCAGCAUGUAUUGCCUAUAUCCGUUUGACCCAAUAUAUUGAUGGCCAGGGACGACCUCGCACCAUGCAGUCCGAAGAGACCCGUGUCUGGCAUCGCCGUGAUGGCAAGUGGCUGAAUGUACACUACCAUUGUUCCGGGGCUCCUGCAGCUCCGCUCCAAUGAAGCUAAAAAUGGCAGUUUUCGGAGAUACUCAGCGGGAGGGCAAUAUCUUCUCAGCAAGCAGCUCUGGAGUACCUGAAUUACAGCAACGGUCAUAUUCGUUUUGACGUUUAAAGAAAUAUGAAUUACAAACCGGCAGCAGCCAAAUGCACGAAACCCUGCAUGAAUCUGAUGCUCCGGGUGCUGCCGCCUUUCUGUUGUUUUUCCAUGGAUCCAUCGUGUCUGUUUCUGCUGUAUGAAGGUGUCUUAUAAAUCCUGAGAGAAACCCAUAUUGUUUGUAUAGAAAAGAGAUCAUCUGUGACGGAGUAUCCAGCACCUCCCCUGCAGGGCUGAUGACGGAGCAACAGCUGUGAAGCAUCUUUCAGAAUUGGAGCAAAGAAAGGAGAGAGAAAGAGUUUGAGAGCGAGAGACUGUGCCUCUUAGGCAGCAGGAUGCUGUAGGCCCAGUGGAAAUUGACCUUGUCUUCGGGUUAUGCUGCUGCUUUAAUCAGUGAGAUAUGGCUGAUGGUGGUGAGCUCACUAGGGCCAGCAUAAAGAAAGGGGUAAAGCAGGAGGAGGACUUUUCUUACACUGCUGCCCUCCAGCAACCACCUGGAGCCCAAACAUCAGCAGUAAAGAUGAGCCAAUGGCUACUGGCUCACACUGAUGGAUUGGAUAAAAAUGAACAAGAAUGUUUUAAGGAACAAGUAUGAGCUGGUUUUGUUAGCAUAGGAGCUUCAGAGGUGCACUGGUUUUUACAAACAGCCACUCCUCGAUGAUGUAAGUCAACGUAUAAGGGUAGAAUUUAAAAGCAAAUAAUCUUAAGAGGGCAAAAAUUAUGUGAAUGGCUUACUUUAUUUUUUAUUGUUUAGAAUAGAUGGGAUCCAGAGGUCUGCAGAAUAUGUGCUCCUUAGGAAACAGUUGAAAAGCUUUGUUACACUCCGCCCUGAAGAUUUGCACACCCAUGCAUUUGCUUCCUGUAUGGUGUGUAAUUUAGUCUGUGUGUUAUACUAAAAUACUAUAUUAUCUAUGAAUUUAAAAAAAAUCUCUAUAAUUAUGGGGCUAGCUGGUUUCCCAGUUUGAUUUGUUUUCUGAUAAAACUAGCAAAGGGAGCCAGCAACUUCCAGAAGUGCUUUUUUUCAGUAGCCCAGUCUAUUUGACAUUGCUUUAUUUCCUGUUGUUACGUAGUUUUUUUGGGUUGUUUUAACCACAUAAACGUAGAACUUUUGCAUCAACCAUAUUUAUUGUCUUUGCUACAAAGACAAAGACAUUACUUUGCAAGUAAUGUUCUUUAUUUCCUACAUUAGAAGCGUUUGUCAGCUUUAUGGUUCGACUACUAUUUUUUCAGUUUCUGAGUAGAAGUGGGAUAAAAGCCUUCCCAAAAAAUUUCCAAGAUCAGAUUUAUACCAUGACAUUCUCUGCCCCUCGUGUACAAUGCACAUCAAACAUUUUUAUGUCCAUUCAUUAGAUCUGAGAACAUGGAAUUCCAUUAGGUUGCUCCCUUUGUACCUGAAAUAGGACUGAGUAUAUUUUUGCUGUCUAAUUAAAUAGAAAAUAGAGGGUGAAAUUAAUGGAGUUUAGGAAAAUACAAAUUUUCAGUUUCAAUAUAAAUUGGAAGGGAAAUACGGUACCUUUUUCUGUUGUUCUAAUGAGAAACUCCUAACUCAGCUCCGUAAUAUUUGUAAUAGCUUAUGACUCUGCAGGAAAAAAAGCAUUCCUUCUUGCAGGUUUGUGCAAAAUUUCAUUUUCCUUUAUAAAGCGAAGGAAUGUUUUCUCAAGCAAAAGAGAUGUUCUCUCUAUUGGGACUAAAGAACCUGUGACACUUCAGUUGUUGCUGGUUAUACCUCCCAGUAUCCCUCACCAUUGGCUUGUGAGCUGGGGUUAUGGGUGAAGUUAAUUCAACAGCAUCUGGAAGGUGACAAAAACUUCACCUUUUCCUAUAAAUUUAAUAUAAAACAUAUCUAGGGCUAAGUGUGUGAAGUAAUAAAACCCCUGAUAAUUUUACUAGGAUUUUUAAGAAUGACGUUGCAAAGUGAGGAACAGGAAAUUAGUUACACUGCGUAAUAAAAGAUGUGCAUGCUUCUAGGUCUGAUCUUUUCUUGUCUUUAUCUGAUUAUUUAUAAUAAUCCCUCUGUAUUGAGUAUCUGCAUCCUUAAAACAUAUUUUUGGAACCGUU